AUGCGUUUCUUCGACGUCGUUCUAUCGGGCGCUGCCCUGAUCAGUGCCGCUAUGGCUGUCCAGUUCACCUCUUUCCCGACCUCGAUCGAGCCGGGCAAGACGUACACGCUCGAAUGGACCCCGGCUGACGACACGCCCACUACCAUCAAGCUGCGCCAGGGCGACCCCAACGACCUUGACACCAUCGCUACUCUGACCGAUUCCGCGACCGGCGGUUCCUAUGAGUGGACUGUUGAUGCCUCGCUCCCCAACGCCAAUGACUACGCGCUCGAGAUCGACCAGGAGGGCGCCGACCCCAACUACAGCGACCUGAUCACGCUCACCGGCAGUUCUGCCGAGCCCAGCUCCUCCGGCUCUGCCUCGCCCUCUGCCACCGCCUCCGAGACUGCCUCUUCCACCGAGAUAAGCACCACCGUCGAGACCACCACCACUCUUAUCACGACCGCGACCUCUGCCUCUGCCUCCGUCUCGUCGACCAUAGGCUCCAACAGCACCAUUGCCAGCGCUACGCUCUCCAGCACCGGCUCGGGCUCGACCAGCGAACCCACUUCCUCCGGCGGCUCGCCGCCCCAGGAGACCAAUGCCGCUGGCAUGCUCGGCUCGAGCCCGCUGGCGCUCAUCUUCGGCGCUGUCGCCGCCAUGGCUUACCUGAACUAG